GAGGGGAUUUUGGUUUACAGCGUUACCUGAAUCUUCAGCUCGUUAACUCAUUAAGAUGGAUUCUGGGCAAUCCUGGAAGUCAUUAAGCCUUUUCCAUGUAGAAUACCCAAGUGGUGAUAGGUUUGGGAAAUUUUUGGCAUAUACAAGCAUGGCUCCGAUUUUCAUAGCAGUUAGCCUCAUAACUUUGAUUGGGUGGAGGAGGGACUUGCAUACUAUUUUUUAUUUCUGUGGAUGCUUGUUGAAUGAAAUCAGCAACUUUUUUCUCAAGUCUUUAAUAAGUCAACCAAGACCAUUUCCUUCAGUGCAUCCAAGUGUUGGAUCAUCAGGUAUGCCAUCGAAUCAUGCGCAGUUCAUGGGGUUUUUCUGCGCAUAUUUUGCACUAUUUCUAUACAUAAGGCUCAAUCAGAAAUCGUGUUGUCGUGAAACUAAAGGGCUUAUCUUCUUAAUUUUUUUGUUACUGACCGUUGUGGUAUGCUACAGCAGGGUUUAUUUGUUGUACCACACUUUUAGCCAGGUUCUGGUUGGUGUCACUGUGGGUGGAGUCUCUGCAGUAAUUUGGUUUCUGCUUGUUCAGCAUAUAGUUACUCCAAUUUUCCCCUGGAUUUCUGACAGCUGGAUUGGUCACUUGUUGAUGUUGCAAGAUUUUACACACAUCAAUAAUAUCGUGAAGUUUGAAUAUAUCAAUGCUCAAAAUCAUAUCCGAAGGACGAAGUUUGAAAGGCCUAUGUGAAUAGAAGUGAUCGAUAGUUCCAUAUUUGUUAUAUCUUGAUUUUCUGAAUAUUUUUGCAAAAUCUUGAUUUUUCUAGAAAGGUAUUUGAUGGAAAUUGCUUCUCAGCUGUUUCUUCUUUUCGUAACUUCAAACUAGGAAAACACUGUAUUUUUUCUCUCGCUAAUGCUGUAUUCGGAGCAAAUUACGAAUUUUAGUUUAUAACAAAUAUACAGAUAUCUGUUCACGGA